AUGGCUCCGGCACAGGAUACCAUGUUUCGCUCUGCGAACAUGAGUAUGGUGCAGCUAUACAUUUCCAAUGAAAUCGGUCGCGAGGUUGUCACAGCUCUCGGAGAGCUUGGUCUCCUUCAAUUUAGAGAUCUCAAUGGCGAAGUCAGUGCUUUUCAGCGUACCUUCACCCAGGAGAUCCGAAGACUCGACAACGUCGAACGCCAACUGCGAUACUUCUACGCCCAGAUGGAGAAGGCAGGCAUCUCCCUCCGCAAGUUUGACCUCGAUGCCGAGAGGCUUGCCAAUCCGUCUACCUCCGAGAUCGACGAGCUCGCCGAGCGAAGCCAGAGUCUGGAGCAACGCGUCUACCAGCUCAACGAUAGCUACGAGACAUUGAAGAAGCGCGAGGUCGAGCUCACCGAGUGGCGCUGGGUUCUCCGUGAGGCUGGCGGCUUCUUCGACAGGGCCCAUGGUAGCGUCGAGGAGAUCCGCGCGUCUACCGACAACGACGAUGCCCCCCUACUUCAGGACGUUGAGCAGCACAACUCCGCCCCAGAUGUCGAGCGGUCGUUCUCCGGAAUGAACAUUGGUUUCGUCGCCGGCGUUAUUAACAGAGAUCGUGUUGCCUCGUUCGAGCGCAUUCUCUGGAGAACUCUGCGUGGAAACUUGUACAUGAACCAGUCUGAGAUCCCCGAGCCGCUCGUCGACCCUACCAACAACGAGGAGAUCAACAAGAACGUCUUCGUAAUCUUCGCUCACGGCAAGGAGAUUCUGGCCAAGAUUCGCAAGAUCUCCGAGUCUAUGGGUGCCGAGGUGUACAACGUCGACGAGAACAGCGAUCUUCGUCGCGACCAGAUCCACGAGGUCAACGCUCGUCUCAACGACGUCCAGAACGUUCUCCGUAACACCCAGCAGACUCUGAACGCUGAGCUCACCCAGAUCUCUCAGGCCUUGUCUGCUUGGAUGGUUCUCGUCACGAAGGAGAAGGCCGUGUACAACACCCUAAACCUCUUCUCGUAUGAUCGUGCCCGUCGCACGCUCAUUGCCGAGGGCUGGUGCCCGACCAAUGAUUUGCCGUUGAUCCGGUCUACGUUGCAGGAUGUUACGAACCGAGCUGGACUCUCUGUGCCUUCUAUCAUCAACGAGAUCCGCACCAACAAGACUCCCCCAACGUACAUCAAGACCAACAAGUUUACCGAGGCAUUCCAGACUAUCGUCAAUGCCUACGGUACCCCUACGUACCAGGAGGUCAACCCGGCCCUCCCGGUCAUUGUUACCUUCCCAUUCCUUUUCGCCGUCAUGUUCGGUGACUUCGGUCAUGCCGUCAUCAUGGUGUCUGCCGCACUCGCCAUGAUCUACUGGGAGAAGCCUCUCAAGAAGGUCACUUUCGAGCUGUUCGCCAUGCUCUACUACGGCAGAUACAUCGCCUUGGUCAUGGGUGUAUUCUCACUGUUUACGGGUCUCAUCUACAACGAUGUCUUCUCCAAAUCUUUGACAUUGUUCGACAGUGCCUGGAAGUGGGAUGUGCCUGAGGGUUACAAGGUUGGACAGACUCUUACGGGUAAACUCAACGAUCACGGCUACCGAUACCCCUUUGGUCUGGAUUGGAGAUGGCACGAGACAGACAAUGAUCUUCUCUUCAGCAACAGUUACAAGAUGAAGAUGAGUAUCGUUUUGGGUUGGGCCCACAUGACCUACUCUCUCAUCUUCGCCUACGUCAACGCCAAGCACUUCAAGAAGCCGAUCGAUAUCUGGGGUAACUUUGUCCCUGGCAUGAUCUUCUUCCAGUCCAUUUUCGGCUACUUGGUUAUGUGCAUUCUCUACAAGUGGUCGGUCAACUGGAAUGACCCGCAGAACCCCCGCAACCCGCCUGGAUUGCUGAACAUGUUGAUCUACAUGUUUCUGCAGCCCGGCACUCUUGAGGAAGGAGCGGAACUGUAUCCUGGACAGGCUGGUGUACAAGUUUUCCUUCUCCUUCUCGCCGUUAUUCAGGUCCCCGUUCUGUUGUUCUUGAAGCCCUUCUACCUCCGCUGGGAGCACAACCACGCUCGCGCCAAGGGUUAUAGGGGCAUUGGAGAGAGCUCUCGCGUUAGUGCGCUCGAUGGCGACGACGACGAGGAAACCCAAGGACUGAAUGGCCGCCCCAGCGUUGAGUCUGAUGGUGAGGGUGUUGCUAUGAUCACGCAAGACCUACACGGCGAAGAGGAACACGAGGAAUUCGAAUUUAGCGAAGUCAUGAUCCAUCAAAUCAUCCACACCAUCGAAUUCUGCUUGAACUGCGUUUCUCACACCGCUUCGUACCUUCGUCUCUGGGCGCUGUCGCUGGCCCACCAGCAGCUCAGUGCCGUACUUUGGUCCAUGACCCUCGGUCCCGCGCUCAAGUUCAACGGCAUCAUUGGUGCUAUUGCGAUUGUUGUCAUCUUCUACAUGUGGUUCUUCCUGACUAUUGCCAUCUUGGUCAUGAUGGAGGGUACCAGUGCCAUGCUGCACUCUCUCAGAUUGGCCUGGGUCGAGUCCUUCUCCAAGUUCGCGGAGUUUGCUGGCUGGGCCUUUGCUCCCUUCUCCUUCAGUACUACGCUAGAAGAGUCUGAUGAGCUGAAGGAGUACUUGGGUUGA